UGGGUGGGGUGUGGACUCGAGGAAAAGAGGGAGGGAAGUGGGUGGAGGUGUGGUUGUGAGUGUUUGUGUGUUCCUUGGCGGCGAGGGCUGAGUCUGACAUUUGGAACGUAGAGAGCAGAAGGAAUUGGGCUUCAACAGAAAAGCUACCAUCAAAAAUCAUCAUGUUGGUUCUUCUAGCCGGAAUCUUCCUCCUUCACCUCACCGGCAUCAUCCUCCUCCUAGUGGCAACUAUCGACAAUGCCUGGUGGAUGACAAAAAUCGUGUCCACUGAUGUGUGGGCCAGGUGGAUACUGACCAAUGGAACCUGGAGCUCCAACGAUCUCCCCGGCCAGUACCCUCAAGAAUACCUCCAGGCAGUGCAGGCUAGCUCCAUUCUGGCCUGCAUAUUCUCUUCCCUUGGCCUGUUUGUGUUUGUGGGACAGCUCUUCACUCUGUCAAAGGGACAGAGAUUCACCUUCUCUGGCAUCUUCCAGCUCCUAGCCUGCCUGUGCAUCAUGAUCGCUGCCUCCAUCUACACAGACAUCUUUCACAAGAAUGAAUCGGAUGGUUGGUAUGGCCACUCCUUCAUUCUGGCCUGGAUCUCCUUUGCGUUCACCUUCAUCUCCAGUAUAAUCUACUUUGUCCUGCGAAAGAAGACCGCAAACUAGAAGCAGAAGACUAGCCCAAACCCAAGGGACAGGCUCAAUAUCUUACGAUCUGAUUGUUUUUUGUACAAUUAGGUAUGGAUAUGAGUGUGGGAUACAAAAGAGGAGAGUUAUCCACAGAUUUUCUGGCUUGAAUUUUGAUUCAUGUAUCUCUUUUGGUUCCCUGAAGUGUGUCUAAACAUAUUGUAAUAACUUACCUGUCCUGCCCACAGUUAUAACUUACCUGUCCUGCCCACAGUUAUAACUUACCUGUCCUGCCCACAGUUAUAACUUACCUGUCCUGCCCACAGUUAUAACUUACCUGUCCUACCCACAGUUAUAACCUACCUGUCCUGCCAACAUAGUAAUAACCUACCUGUCCUGCCCACAUAGUAAUAACUUACCUGUCCUGCCAACAUAGUAAUAACCUACCUGUCCUGCCCACAUAGUAAUAACCUACCUGUCCUGCCCACAUAGUUAUAACCUACCUGUCCUGCCAACAUAGUAAUAACCUACCUGUCCUGCCCACAUAGUAAUAACCUACCUGUCCUGCCCACAUAGUAAUAACCUACCUGUCCUGCCCACAUAGUAAUAACCUACCUGUCCUGCCCACAUAUUACCAAGUCCAUGUUUAGUUUUCAUGGGCUCUUAAUAUAAAGUGGGACAACAUUUUCAAAGUUGAUGAAACUUUUACAGCCCUCAUAUAUUCGUUGGAGAAGGUAGAAGGGAGUCAGAGAGUAGACUGACAGUAUCUCAUUAUUUCAGAAUCAUAGUCCUGAACUAUUCUUGCUUACAUUUGAUUUAUUUCUCAAUUAGGCUCAUAAUAAAACAAGGCCAAAACUCUCAAAACCAGAAGAAUGAAUUGACUAGUGCCGCAAACAGAAUCCAAUUUGAGAAACUGUCAACGAUCAUUACCCCGUUUGACUUACAGCCCUACUGUAGUGUGCUGAAUAAGACAAAAAUAUGAUGUAUUUGCCAAUGUCCAUACAUUGAAUGGAACAUUAGUACUAACCUCACUGCUAACUGGACCCCUCCCCUUUUUAGUUAUGUCAUUAUUUUUGCCAAUUAUUUUAUGCUUUGUACCAUUAGUCUUAUUGUGUAGGUUAACUUCCGUUUGUCUGAAUCAACCUAUCCCCCAGACACACCCAUGGACUGACAGACAGACAGACGGAUAGAUCUUGAGUGCCUUGAAAUCUGACAGAGCAUAUUUGCUCGCUGCACAUUGAGAUAUAUGUGUAAAUAUGAACAUGUUUGGUUCCACAUUGUGCUUUGUAUGUCUAAUGCAAUUUUAUUUUUGUUACUAUUAUCAGUUUGAUAAUAAUUUGUAUUAAAACCUGAUUUAAAUCUAA